CAAAAAAAAACAAAGAAGAUUAAACCUGUUUAAUCAAAUUCUCCUGAUUAACGCAACAUAUUUGAGGUUGCUGUUAUUUACUAUGGACUACAGAUUGUUAAUGGAUUCCUCAGAAACCCUAAGGAACAAGUGUGGAGGGUGUUAUAGGCAAUUCAACAAGAAGGAGCACUUGGUGGAACACAUGAGGAUCUCUUAUCAUUCGGUUCAUGAACCUACUUGUGGUAUUUGCAACAAACAUUGCCGAUCUUUUGACUCCCUCCGUGAACAUCUCAUUGGGCCAUUGCCGAAACAAGAAUGUAAGAACAUUUUCAGCAUUCGCGGCUGCAGAUUCUGUCUUACGAUCCUCGAAAGCCCCAACGCUCGUAGAAUCCAUCAAGAGAGAUGCCAGCUCUCAAACGUCACUUCUGGAUUAAUGAUUCGUAUGGCGGCCUUAGGCCUAAGAAACAACUCAACAAUUGACUACACUUCUUCGAGGUCACCUCGAGUGGUGGCACUCUCAUGCAAGAUGGUUGGAGGAGGCAGUGACGGAUCGCUUGACCUAUGCGCAAGAGUUUGCAUUACGGAUGAGAGCGAAAAUGUUGUGUUCCACACGUAUGUGAAGCCAACGAUACCCGUAACGAAUUAUAGGUAUGAGAUGACAGGGAUUCGACCUGAAAAUCUAAGGGACGCAAUGCGAUUAAAGCACGCACAGAGAAAGGUUCAAGAGUUUCUUUGUAAUGGAGAACCAAUGUGGAAGAUUCGUCCAAGAAAUGGGAAAGCAAGGAUUCUCGUUGGACAUGGACUUGAUAACCAUCUUGACUCUCUUCAACUUGAAUAUUCUUCCUCUAUGAUAAGAGAUACUGCGGAAUACCCUCCAUUGAUGAAAUCAAGCAAGCUAAGCAACUCUCUCAAGUACUUAACCCAAGCCUAUCUCGGUUAUGAUAUUCAUGUGGGAAUACAAGAUCCUUACGAGGACUGUGUCGCGACAAUGAGGCUAUACACGAGAAUGCGAUAUCAGAAACACAGGGCCGAGGCCUAUCCGCUGGCCUCGGACACGCAGAACCACAAUAACUUUGCGGCGUGGAGGCAGAAUGAACUAGAGAGGAUGUCUCCAGAGGAGUUGCUCGACCUUUCACGUUCAGACUAUUACUGCUGGUGCUUGGACUCGGUUGCUUGAAAAAGAAAGUUAUACUGAUGGUGCUUGAUCAUCUCCGAAAAAUAAGAUGCAUGCGAGGAUAUAUUUAGUAAAGUAUAAUUGAAAAUCGAAUAAACAUUAUCUUUAUUAGUGAUUGUGGUGGUAAUUUGGCAUUCUUGUAUCAUCUAUGUUACAUGUAAUUGUAACUCAUGCAUGGUUAUGUACUUCAUACGCG